AGCUGUUGGGACAUCCAGAAAUCACAAUCGCUUUGGCAAAUCUGUCCUGCUCACAUGCAUCAGCAUAUGUUAGUCCUCAUUUUAUUCAUCUGGAAUCAAACUGACAAUCAAGGUUACAGAGGGAGUGUGGUGCUAUUGCCAGACAAGACACACAUCUUGAUAUCCAAUCUAAUGACUGGCCUGGACCUGUAUCCUGUGGGCCACUCUGUCAUAUCCUUAUCAUUUCCAUUCCCAUGUGACUCUUCUAAUGGAAAUUAUCCAUGCGCUAUUGAUUUUGUUGAUUGUGGUCAAAAGGUGGUCAGUGGAGCUACUGAUGGUAAGGUAUGGGUGUGGUGCAUGAGAACAGGAACACAAGUCCAAACUCUUCAUCAUGGAAGUGUCAUGGUACAGGUGCUGUGUGGUUUCCAGGGCAGGAAUUACAAUUUCUUAGCAACAUCUGCUGCUGGACACAGCAUGUGCAUGACCAUCAAACUCUGGAAGGCAAAA